AUGUCCCGCUCGGAGGAGGUCAAUCGGCUGACGGAGAAUGUCUAUCGGGCGAUUCUGGACCAAUUCAACCCCAGUCUAAGGAAUUUUGUUACCAUGGGAAAGAACUAUCAGAAAGCACUCUCAGGAGUAACGGUGGCAGCCAAAGGUUAUUUUGAUGCCUUAGUGAAACUCGGGGAGUUGGCCAGCGACAGCCAAGGAUCCAAGGAACUGGGUGACACGUUGUUCCAGAUGGCUGAAGUUCAUCGGCAGAUUCAAGUACAGCUGGAGGAAACGCUGAAGCUUUUCCAGUCAGAGCUCCUGUCCCAGUUGGAACACAAAUUAGAACUGGAUAUCAAGUAUCUGAUGGCUACCCUGAAGAAAUACCAAGGUGAGCAUCGUGCCAAAGCAGAGUCCAUCGAGAAGUGUCAGACAGAGCUGAAGAAACUGCGCAAGAAGUGCCAGAGCAGUAAAAACCCACAGAAGUACGGGGACCGCGAAGUCCAGUAUGUGGAGAUUAUGAGCACCAAGCAGAGUGAGCUGGAUCGGUUUGUGGCGGAAGGAUACAAGGCAGCGUUGACUGAGGAGAGGCGCCGGUACUCCUUUCUGGUGGACCGCCAGUGUGCAGUCUCCAAGCACUUCAGCACCUAUCACACCAAGGUGCGGGAGCUGUUAGCGGCCAAGCUGCCCGUCUGGCAGGCAUCGUGCACCCAACCCACUCGCCUCCCUGAGCGUGCCCUGGCCUUGGUCAAGCUGACAGCCAACCAUCUCCCCGGGGGGACACCCAUUACAGCCGCUGACCCCCUUCCCAGCGCUAAGGUCCUGGAAGAAUUGUUAGAGCAUGGACCAAACCAUCGUGCCUCAGUCCAGGAGGUGACGCCACUGCCUAAUGGUGACUCCCAUCGUGGGAAGGGAUCGAGGGACCCGGGCCACCCGCCGAUUAGCGAGCCCAUCGCCCUCACCUCAGGCCUGCCGCCCACCCAAACCACUCAGACCCCCCCACAGACCAAGACCGCCGAGAGCUAUUCCUGCACCCUUCCGAUGCCGCGCAAGAUGUCGACGGAGACCCGCCUUGCGACGCUGGUGGAGAACAAGACCCUGCCUCGCAUCAGUCCACUCUCCAUCCUGCCUGCACGUUCUGAGCGCCGGAGGGUCCAGGCGAUAUUCUCCCACUCGGCGGGCGAGAACAGCACCCUGCUCAACUUCCAAGAGGGAGACGUCAUCUUGCUGCUGGUGACGGAGGCACGGGAUGGCUGGCAUUACGGGGAGAACGAGGCGACCAAAAUGAAAGGCUGGUUUCCUUUCUCCUAUACCCGGCCCUUCCCCCCAGCCGAAGGGGCCGACAAGCCACUUAUCAGCUUCGCACUUAGCAAAAUGAACAGUAGCAGCACGGGAAAUCUGGACCGAGCGGGCUCUCCACCGGCUGGCCCCGAGGGAGGGGAGAGCCCGCGCUACGGACCUUCCCCGCGGACCAGUUCAUCCCGCCAGCGUCCUUACAGCAUGCUCAACCCCGACCUGUCUCAGCUCUUACUGUUCCAUGGGCUGAGUGGUUUUCCUGAAGUUCUGGAGCUGAAGCAGGACUUGCGUGAAUGGGACUGA